AUGUCAUCUGAAGACGUGUUCGAACAUUACAAGGCUACCGCUGCUUCUUCAGGCAGGAAGGAGGACAGCAAGAGGACUCAGGGGGAGAGAAGUAAACCCACCUCAAAGAAGGCCCGAACUGAGCACCCUCCAACCACUGUUCCUUCGAAGGAGAACACGCCACCUCCAUCGCCACUCGAGCAGCCGGCCUCAACGCCUCCAGUCGAUCAGCAUUCCACUCCUCCAACACCUGUCGACCAGCAUUCCACUCCUCAGGACCCUACCAGCCGAACACACCGCACUCAGCCUGAAGGCUCCCUGUCCAGCUUCGUGGGAUUGCUGACCAUGACUGCUGGCUGGCGCCGUGCAGGUGCUAUGGUGUCCAAAACCAAAAAUUUUGAUACCAGGCUUGCUGAGGCUAAGAAAGAGCUUGAAGGGAAAAAUGCUAACCUGCUCGAGAAGAACAAUGAGGUAACCAAGCAGAACAGUGAGUUGCUUGAGAAAAGUGCAGAGAUGUCUAAGCAGAAUGAAGAACUGCUCAAGCAAAAGCCACUUUGA